CCCCUCCCCCCGAAAAUUUCCCCACUCGUACAAAGGAGGGAAAAUUCCCCCCAUUUAUUUUCACGAAGAGCUAAAAAACCCUCUCGCUCGCUCUACCCCGCUCUAAUGGCGGUCAAAUCUAGGGUUUGGAUCUCUUCGAUUUUUCUCGCUUUAUUCGUUUUUUCUUCGGUUUCUUCAGUUAGGGUGGAGGAGGGGACCGAAGCUAAGCAGGAGGAUUCGUCGGUUCUCACGCUCGACGCGUCGAACUUCGACGAGGCGAUCGCUAAGCAUCCCUUCGUCGUCGUCGAAUUCUACGCUCCUUGGUAAUUUCUUAUUCUUUGAUGUUUGAUUUGGGGUCGUGAUCGCUUGAUUGUGUUUUUGGGGGAUGAGGGAAAGAAUAUCCAAGAGUACAAAGGUUCUAGGGAUGCUGAUGGCAUAGUUGAAUACUUGAAGAAGCAAGUUGGUCCUGCUUCUGCUGAGGUCAAAUCCUCGGAUGAUGUUGCAAACCUCAUCAAUGAUAAGAAAGUUAUUAUUGUGGGGAUUUUCCCUGAAUUUUCUGGUCAGGAGUUUGAGAACUUCAUGUCAGUUGCAGAUAAAUUGCGUUCUGAAUAUGAGUUCAUCCAUUUAUCGGAUGCUAAGCUCCUUCCUCACGGGGAUUCAUCUGUUAAGGGACCCGUAGUUAGAUUACUCAAGCCCUUUGAUGAACUUUCUGUUGAUUCUCAGGAUUUUAAUGUGGAAGCAUUAGAAAACUUCAUUGAAGUUGGUAGUGUGCCUAUUGUCACAACUUUUAACAAGGAUCCCGCCAACCACCCUUUUGUCAUUAAAUUCUUCAACAGCGACAAUUCCAAAGCUAUGCUAUUUGUGAACUUCAGCAGUGAGCAAUUUGAUGCCCUGAAGUCUAAGUACCACGAAGUUGCCUCGGCCUUCAAAGGAAAAGGCAUAAGCUUUCUGAUUGGUGAUCUUGAUGCCAGUCAAGGUGCUUUCCAGUAUUUCGGCCUUAAAGAAGAUGACGCGCCUCUUGUCCUCAUACAAGAACAUGAUGGGACAAAAUAUUUUAAACCAACUGUGGAACCAGAGCAGAUUGUCACUUGGUUGAAUGAUUACCAGGAGGGCCACUUGAAACCGUUCAGAAAAUCUGAAGCAAUUCCUGAGGUUAAUAAUGAACCUGUCAAGGUGGUGGUUGCUGACAAUCUGCAUGAUGUGGUUAACUCUGGGAAAAAUGGUCUCUACAAUCAUCGCCAGUUACUGGCACACAUGGGAGUUCUUUAGCUUUCAAGCCACUUGUUGAAACUCGUUCUUUCUCAUCCACAGGUUUUGUACCCUUUACUUCGUACAUGAAACAUGAUAUUUCUUUACAUAAUACUGAAGUAAUAAAU